UCUCCGUCCUACGUCAGCGUAUGUUGACGUGUGGCUGAGCUUAGAGCUGCACUCUCUUUAGCAAGCUAGCUGACGCUUCUUCUUGGUGAUAGUAGUUAACGAAACUGCUGGUCGUUUUUUGCAGACACAUAAACUUUUAACAAUGGCAGCUGACUGGGAAGAAAUUCGCCGGCUUGCCGCUGACUUCCAGAGAGCACAGUUUGCUGACACAGUGCAGAGGCUGUCGGAGAGAAACUGCAUUGAAAUUAUUGCAAAACUGGUUGAAGACAAGAAGCUGGAUGUGGUGCACACACUGGAUGGAAAGGAGUACAUCACUCCAGCUCAGAUCAGCAGGGAGAUCAGAGAUGAACUUUACGUCCACGGAGGACGAGUCAACAUCGUGGACCUCCAGCAGAUUAUCAAUGUGGACUGGGUCCAUGUUGAAAACAGAGCAGGUGACAUAGCAAAGUCUGAUAAAGGUGUUCAGCUUGUUCUGGGACAACUGAUCGAUGACACCUACCUGGACCGUUUAGCUGAGGAAGUUAAUGACAAACUGCAGGAGGCCGGUUUGAUCAGUAUUGCAGAGCUGUGUAAGAACUACGACCUCCCGGGAGAUUUCCUAACUGAGGAGUUGUCCAAGCGUCUCGGGAGGCUUAUCCAAGGAGAAAUGGACCAGUACAACAGAGGGGUCAUAUUUACUCCAGCUUUUGUUGCUCGCCACAAAGCCAGGAUACGAGGUCUUUUCAGUGCCAUCACACGGCCAACACCUGUCAGCAGCAUGAUUGGAGCUUUUGGAUUUCAGGAACAUCUUCUGUAUUCUGUCCUGGAAGAGCUGGUGAACACUGGACGCCUAAAAGGAACGGUGGUUGGAGGGCGGCAGGACAAAGCUGUGUAUAUUCCUGAUAUUUACUCCAAAACACAGAACGCUUGGGUGGACUCUUUCCUCCAGCAGAACGGAUAUUUAGAGUUCGAUGCGUUGGUCAGGUUGGGGAUCCCCGACCCCUCCAGCUACAUUAAGAAGCGCUUCAAGUCCAGCAAACUGCUGUUCCUGAGAGCGGCCUGUGUGGGUCAGGCUCUGGUCGACCAGGUGGAGGCCUCUGUGGAGGAAGCUGUCAACUCUGACACAUGGACUGACAUACAGCCGAUUUUGCCGAGCUGCCUGUCGAUGGAGGACAUCGGGAUGUUGAUCAACCAGGCCAUGAGGAACACUAACGUGCAGUCCUCUGCCAGGGUGCUGGGAGGCACUGUCGUUGUCAGCGAGAAAUUCAUCAGCAGCUGCCUCUCUUUAUUCGAUGAAGCCAUGCAGCAGAAAGCGCAGAAGGAAGUUAAGAACAAUCCAGUGUUUCUGAUAACCGAAGAGGAUCUGAAGCCGUCAUCCCUGCUGACAGAGAACUCAGCACUGUCGAAAAAGGAAAAGAGAGAGGCAGAGCGCAGGAAGAAGGCCACAGAGGGCAGCGGCAGCGUGAAAGCAGGCGGAGGAGGCAACGCCAGAGAGAUCCGCAUUCGUAAAACCAAGAAGAAAGGGAGGAAAGAGGAGGACAGCGAUGAAGAAACCGGACCUUCGCAGCAAAAUCGCAACAAACAGACUGAAGUCCCCUUUAUGGCCCAGGAGGAGAUCGAAGCUGCUUUAGAGAAGCGACUGAGUGACUGCCCAGAAGAAAUCCUCUCUGAGCUGGCAGAGCAUUUAGUACGGCCUUUGACUAAAACCUACCAGGAGGUGCUGCGCAGCGUCUUCAUGUCCUCCACCAGCUCUCCAUCUGGAGCCAACAAGAAGAAGAGCAUGAAGGAUCUGCAGGAGGAGAUCACCAACCUCUACAACAACAUCCGACUGUUUGAAAAAGGCACCAAGUUCUUCUCAGAUGAAACCCAGGUCCUCAUCGCCAAGCACGUCCUGAAGACCGUGUGCACGGACGUCACCAAUAUCCUGGUGAACUUCCUGGCUGCUGACCUGAUGAUGUCUGUGGAGAACCCCAGCUCCAUCACCAACGAGGUCAGAGUGAAAAUUUUGGGCAAGCUAUCAGAGGAGACCAAAGGGCCUCUGAUGAAGCUGCACAACUGCCUGAACGGCAAAACAAUUGAAGACUUUGUGACCAACAUAGAGAUCUCUGCAGAGGUGUGUGGCUUCAUGCUGAAGAAGGGAGACAAGAAAAAGGAGAGACAGGCCCUGUUCCUGCACCGCCAAGCUCUCAUCGAGCAGCUGAAGGAGACGGAGGAUCCCGCUCUGGUCCUCCACCUCACCUGCGUGCUGCUGUUUCAGGCCAGCACCCACUGCAUGCUGCACGCACCGGGACGCUGCGUGCCUCAGAUCAUCGGCACGCUCACAGGCAGGAUACCCACGGAGAAGCAGCAGCUGCUGUCUGCCUACCAGAGCCUGGUGGUGAAGCAGCUGGUGAGCCAGAGUCAAGGCAAGAAGCAGGAGGAGGCCGAGGGCGAGGAGGACAAAGCAGAGGAGCAGGACGAGGAGGCGAAGAGCGUCCGCACACAGCUCAUGUCUCUGACACCUCAAGUGAAGGAGCUGGUGCUGUCCCAGAGGAAGACGUCUAUGACCGAGGAUUGAACACUUUAAAAUGAGAGAUGUCGGAACUGAUCUAUGAUGAAUCUUCUUACGGUCUUACAUGCCCAGAUAAAUACUUUUAACACAGCUAGACCAGCUAUUAAAACUGUAUUUUUGUGAUUUAUCCAUGUGGACAUAAUUCUAAAUUAUUAAAGUUAAUUCCCAUGUGGGAUGUCUCCCGGUUAGUCCUAUGAACAUGAAAAUCCUCAAUGAGGUUCUGAUUUUCAUGCAUUCAAUAAAAACUCUCCUCUUCA